AAACAGCAAACCUUCAUGGUCGAAAUGUAUUGUUAAGCUCCUACACUUCACUAACGAAAUACUUUCACGUUUUACAAGAUAAAAGACAUUAUUUCUUCACUUAUUUAUUGACAUUCGGAUAUGCUCCUACUCAAAAUCUGUCGAGAGCUUCUUCUUGCUAG